CGCCCUGGUUUGGAUACUUCGUGCCUGAGCUUGUAAGUUGCACUCGGAGUUGCAGGUUGUUUGGAUUCUGUCUUUAUAUUCUGUAUCUUCACACGGGUAAAAGCAAAUGGAAUUUGUGAAAGUAAUAGCCAUAAUUCUACUGAUGUACACAAAAAGGACUGGGAGUGAAAUGAGAAACAGCAUUGGUAAACCUGUCGAUGUUGAAUGUCUGGAUGAUUUUGGUGAGUGUGUAGAAGGCAACCUAUCUUGUAAAAAGUGCAAGGGAAACUUUGAAGGAAACAUAACCGCAAGAUGCCAGAGGGAUGAGUGGAAGCUGGUCUUGGAAAACUGCGUCUCUCCUAACAUGCGCUCCCUUCUCUUGGAUUUUGAAACAGAGACAACCCUUCUUGGUGACUCUUGGGUAACUAAACCAGAGUCUUUCAACCCUGAAGUAGACCAUGGACAAGACCAAUGUUUGAUGGUUCCUCGCAUCUCUUCAGAAAUCCAGAAAGAAAGGACGACGGCGGGAAACAUUGUUUUAAUAGUAACGCUGCUACAGAAAAUCUCUCUGCGCUGCUUUAUCAGGCUACGAUCUGAAGAAAACGUACAGGAUUACAGUAAGAUGGCAAACCACAUACUCAACACGUCGACUAUAUCCAACUGGUCACUGGUUCUACAAAAGAAUGCCAGCUCUGUACUUCUAACUUCUCUACAUGACCUGGCAUUAAGCAUGGCCUCCAGCAAUGAUACUUUACCAAGAAUGAGUAUCCAGAAGGAUUUCCUCUAUCUGCAAAGCAAAAACUUUUCAGAGGACAAUGAUUUCACAUUUCACUUUAACAGCACCCAACAGCCGGCCAAUGGGCAGAUCUUUAUUGAGAAAGAAAAGGUGCGAGACCUGUCAGAAUUGUUUGCUGUCAGUUUGGCUUAUCCAACCCUCGGAAACAUUUUGCCCACUGAAUCGGACAACGUAAGUGUGAAUGGACUUGUGAUGUCCCUGGCACUGAGCUCUAACGUCAAUGAGAUUUUACUAAAGUUUGAGAAAGUCAAUAAGUCAUUGAGUAUUAACAAUCACUGUGCAGCCUGGGACAGAGCCAAGAAAACAUGGAUCCAGGACUCGUGCCAAAUGCAAGAAGACUCGGUCAAGCACACUGUGUGCAAGUGCAACUAUUCCGAGAACUACCUUUCCUUUUCCAUUUUAAUGUCCCACAAAGCCAGUGUUGACCCAGCUCUUCAUUACAUCACACUGAUAGGCCUGGGGAUCUCAAUUUGCAGCUUGGUCCUCUGUUUGAUCAUUGAGGCUUCGGUAUGGAGACACAUAACAAGUCACAGAACUGCAUACAUGAGACAUGUGUCCAUAGCAAAUAUAGCGGUGUCAUUGCUCCUUGCUGAUGUCUGGUUCAUAGUUGGCGCUGCCACUUACAAGACCAAAUCCUCAGGUGUUUGCAUCACGUCGACAUUUUUUACUCAUUUCUUUUACCUCUCCUUGUUCUUCUGGAUGCUCAUUAUGGGUUUGUCCAUCCUCUACAGAAUAUUCCUGGUAUACCAUGAUAUGAGUGCUACCCGGAUGUUGGUGAUACUGUUUUCUGUAGGCUACGGCUGCCCCUUUCUAAUAAGCAUUUUGACGUUGGUCAUAACUUUGAGUCAACCGGGCAAGCCGUACACAAGGGAGGACAGUUGCUGGUUGAACUGGGAACCUUCCAAAGCCCUUCUUGCCUUUGUCAUUCCGGCAUUCUUAAUUCUGGCUGUAAAUGCUGUGGUUACCUGUACAGUUAUUUCUGUUUUACUGAGACCUUCCAUAGGGCAAACACCAAGGGCCAACGAAAGAGGCUAUCUGGUCCAGAUUGGAAGAUGUGUUGCUAUUCUGACACCACUUUUAGGACUAACUUGGGGGAUUGGUAUUGCUACAAUCAUAGAAGACAGCUCUAUAGUAUUUGAUUAUCUCUUUACAAUACUAAAUGCACUCCAGGGCUUUCUAAUACUGCUGUUGGGAACCCUAAUGGACCCCCAGGUGCGAAAGGCUUUGAAAACUCAAAUAACAUCCUUAUCAUGGAAGACAUCGGAAACAAAGAAUACAUCAAGCAACCCCAAGAGUGGUUCUCAGCCACCAGAUGUGAACAAGACUUUAGAUGAAGAACUCUCCUAAAAAAACAGCUUCUGUUCAGGAGUCUAAAUGACUAUCAUUGCCAGUUUGUAUGCAUUGCAGCUGCAUGCUGGGAAGGUUGAAGAUAAUCCAGAUGACAAGGAUACGCUGGCAAUGUGUGAAUUCAGUCCUUUGUGAAUUAAUCAUUUAUGAAUGCAUGUUUUGAGCUGAAAUCCCUUAGAAACAUCCACUGUUA